AUGUCCGAAGACGUCGAAAGGCACUCUGAGCUCUACUACCCUACAGGAGAUGUCGUACUUCGCGCUGCUCUCCCAUCCGCCCAAGGCGGCGCGCCCAGAUUUCAGAUGUUCAGGGUCCACAAAGUAAUCCUAGGCCUUCAAUCUGACGCCUUCUCAAACUUGUUCGCCGACGCGUCUGCUGGUCUUGGGCCGACCUAUGACGACGUGCCGAUGGUGGAGAUGCCGGACAGGGCGGAAGAUCUAUCAGGUCUUCUUGAUUGCGUUUACCACCCAUCCCAUUACUACCUUUCUCGGCGGACUCGGCGCUACAAGACCGCGCUCGAACUGAGCGGUAUCGUUCGCCUUGCGGACAAAUACCUGCUCGACUCUCUCCGAGCCAACCUCGUGCAGAGAGUCAUCGAUGAAUGGCCCAAAGAUCUCCUCGAAUGGGACAUACGUGAAGCGGAGCUCGAGAAGAUCAAGACGGCCAUCAUGUGCGGAUCGUCGGAGCAGAGCCAGCACUUCAUGGACUGCAUGCCCGAGCCCGCGUCCGCAAUCAUGUUCGCCGAGGAGUUCGGAUGUCACGAAGUACUCCCCGCUGCGUUUUGUUCCCUCGCACGCGUCAACGUCCAUGACAAGUGGGAAGACAUCCCUGCGGACGGCGGCUACACAAGCAUGCUUUUCGCCAGAUGGACACUGUUGGAUAGCAAGAACCUCUUGCGGUUCAUCCGCGGGUGCGAUCAUCUGGACAACCAUCACGCGAUGAUUUCACGGUCCAUCCAGAAUGGGUUGAUGCUCAGUCCUUCCUGCGUCCCUUGGUGGACGUCGGAGAAGCCCUUGGACCCCUCCCGCGCUCGUGACGAUGAACCAUACCCGUGUCUCCGCUUUAUCAAGAGGCUGCGAGACGCCGCUUGGACCUACGAACGCGACCCAAUGGGCGGGUUCCAGAAACUUCUCGACCGCACAAACGCCCCGAGGCCUUCGGAUGCCUUCUUGCGCGACCUCUGCGCGCCCUGCCAUGGCGCGUUCCGCCAUUGGGUCCUGGAUCAGCGCGAGAGCUUGUGGGAACAGAUUCCGCACAUCUUCGAGCUCGAACAGUAG